ACAAGCGCGCAGUUCCUCCCAAACAUUACGCUCUUGCAAGCCGCUCACAGCCCGAGUGCGCCGAGAAAAACAAAGCCAAAGUGGUGGAAUUUAUCAGUCGCGGAAAUGUUGGCGCUGAUUAAUCGUUUCCUAGACUGGGUUAAGUCCCUGUUUUGGAAGGAGGAGAUGGAGUUAACGCUUGUUGGGCUUCAGUAUUCGGGCAAAACCACGUUUGUCAAUGUGAUAGCUUCUGGACAAUUCAGCGAAGACAUGAUCCCAACAGUUGGAUUCAACAUGCGAAAGGUCACAAAAGGAAACGUCACAAUUAAGAUUUGGGAUAUAGGGGGACAACCCAGGUUUAGGAGCAUGUGGGAACGGUACUGUCGAGGAGUAAAUGCCAUAGUGUACAUGGUGGAUGCAGCAGAUCGAGAUAAAGUAGAAGCUUCCCGGAAUGAGCUGCAUAAUCUGUUAGACAAACCGCAGUUACAAGGAAUUCCUGUAUUGGUACUUGGUAACAAGAGGGAUCUACCUAAUGCACUGGAUGAAAAACAGCUUAUUGAAAAAAUGAAUUUGGCUGCUAUUCAAGAUCGGGAGAUUUGCUGCUACUCCAUUUCCUGCAAAGAGAAAGAUAACAUUGACAUCACACUGCAAUGGCUCAUCCAGCAUUCGAAAACGCGGAGAAGUUGAAAGCCGUGUUGGAGAUUCACGUGCUGACACGUUCCUCUUACACCCCAUCCUGCUUACUCUGUGAAACUGUACAGUCGUCCCAUCACACUAUUUCCACCACUGUUGGUCACAGAUAUCCCUGUCACACCCGUCAUUACCAAAAGCCAGCCUUCUGAACCUAUCGCUAAAUGAUGUAAGCCUGCAGUUUCCAGCCAACACCUCCUCCUCCUCCUACUACUACUCCUUUGAGAAGAUCUCCCACCUGCUUAAACAAAAGCUCAGCAGUCUCUAUUCUACAAACUAGCUUCGUUUUCUUGAGGGUUUUAACCUCCAGUCAGUCCUAUUUUCAAAUCAUGGAUUUGGAAAUUGAUUGAAGACAUUUCUGUUUUUUCCUCCCCUCACUAAAGUAUGCCAGGCCUUGCUCAUGUGAGAAUGUAAUUGUGUAUGAUUGUUGCCUCUCUCUGUCUUGCUCUCUCUUUUACUGGCCAAAAGAUUUCUUCUGAGAAAGCAGUUUGUAAUAUUUAACUGAGGAGUGUUAAAAAUAUCUUGACACAUAUGUAGAAAUAUUGAUCACUUAACUAUUUUUUACUAUGUUGAGCAGAAAUCUAUUUAAGUGAAUGUAUGGAAGGGUUAGGUGUAGUCUCUCCUUCAACUCAGUGAUGUCUUGCUGUGGGUAAGCUGGAAGAGAGAGGCAGCGAAGUUUAAAGUGCCUUGUGCAGCAGACGUCUCCCUGAAGAGGAACAGUAUGCUAGGUGGGUCUGCCUAGAACCCCAUUCACCUAUAAAGAAAUUGAAACAAAUAAAAUCGGCAUGCUUUUAAGGUAGAUUAUUGUACCAUUUGCCAUUCUGAGCAUCUCUGUAAAGAGAAAAAUAUUUGAAGCCCUCAAUAUCAAUGCACUUUUGUAAAUAUGAACCAAUAAAUAAUUCUUGACAUCUGAAAGAAAAGCAUAUUUUGUAAAAUAACUCAGCCCUUACAUUGACUUACAGAACCAAAUUAACACAAUUAAAGAUGUGUUUCUUUGAGAUUGUUUAAAAUGUUCUAUUUUAAUAGUCCAACACAUGUUGAGGAAGUGUCUCGUAUAACUCUAAUAUGUUCAGAUUUUGAAUCCCAAAGUACAUGUGAAUUAAAAAGUCUCAUGAGAUGGGAACUAAUUUUUCAUACAGUUUAGAGCUCUUCUUCACCAAAAGGCACAGCUUGUCAUGGCUCGGCAACAUGCAUGAGCCUAGGACUGUAGAUAUUCUGGCCAUGCGUGUUGCUUUAACAUUAAACAUAAAUCUGCUUGUGAAAAGUAUGAUUUCUUCUGAAGGGUAUCAGGUGGUGACUUGAUGGGCACAAGUAGUUAAAUACUACAUGAAAUUCCAAUAAAUGAUUUUGAAAUGAAACCAGGCAUCUCAGUUGAUGUUACAAAGCUUCAGUUUAAUAGCUGUCCAAGCUCUCAGUUAACCAAGUGUGCCAAUACUUUGAUCAUACAAAUCAUUCCUUUAUUUUCAGUAAUCUUUUAAUCCUGGUCAGAGCUGACAGCAUUGAGAUAUACAAUAGAUGGGACACAAAAACAUACACAAAUCACUAAUGGACUUUUUUUGAGAGCUGAGAGGAAACCCACACAGACCCAACACACACGAUAUUACCAAAGGUUUUGGGACACCCCUCCAAAUUAUUGAAUUCAGGUGUUGUGUUUCAGGGGUUGAGCUUGACCCCUUAGUUCCAGUGAAAGGAACUCUUAAUGCUUCAACAUAUCAAGACAUUUUGGACAAUUUCAUGCUCACAACUUUGUGGGAACAGUUUGGGGAUGACCCCUUCCUGUUCUGACAUGACUGCACACCAGUGCACAAAGCAAAGUCCAUAAAGACAUGGAUGAGCGAGUUUGGUGUGGAGGAACUUCAGAAGAACAAAGAAAAGUUGUUGAAACAAAGGUUCCCACAAAGUUUCGAGCAUAAAAUUGACCAAAAUGUCUUGGUAUGCUGAUGCAUUAAGAGUUCCUUUCACUGUCACAAUUCAGUGAUUUGCAGGAGUGUCCCAAUACCUUUGGCAAUAUAAGUGUACACACAAGCAGCUGUGUGUCUUCUGUGGCUGAAUUCUAUAAUGUCUUUUCUUGUCUGGGGUAUGACAUUAGGGUACAAAGAAACUGAAUAGGAAACCAUUUGAUUUGCUUCAACUGGGCAGAUUUUACUAGGAUCAUUAAGA